AUGGAUGCUUUUCAGAGCAUGUUAAAAUUCUUUCUUAACCAGAAAACUGCUAUUGGCUACAGCUUCAUGGCUUUACUGACCUUGGGAGGUGAGCGUCUCUUUUCACUUGUGGCUUUUAAGUGCCCCUGCAGCUCUGAGAAUACGGUCUAUGGGUUGGUUUUCCUUUUUGCUCCUGCCUGGGUGUUACUGAUCCUAGGAUUCUUUGUGAACAACAAAGCAUGGAAACUCUUCACAGGUUGCUGUGUGAACCCCAGGAAAAUCUUCCCUAGGGGUCACAGCUACCGCUUCUUCUAUGUCCUGGGCCAGAUCACUCUGAGUUCAUUGGUGGCUCCAGUGAUGUGGCUCUCUGUGGCUUUGCUUAAUGGAACUUUUUAUGAAUGUGCCAUGAGUGGGACGAAAAGUUCAAGACUCCUGGGACUGAUUUGCCAGGGCAAGCCCAAGGAGUGCUGGGAAGAACUAUACAAAGUGUCUUGUGACAAAACUAGCAUGCUACCCGUGGAGAAUGAAGAAGUGAAACUGUCCCUUCAAGCCCAGUCUCAGAUUCUAGGAUGGUGCCUGAUUUGUUCAGCAUCUUUCUUCUCUCUGCUCACCACUUGUUAUGCACGUUGCCGAUCUCAAGUUAGCUAUCUGCAGCUGAGUUUUUGGAAGACGUAUACGGAAAAGGAGAAGGAGCAGUUGGAAAAUACAUUUGUGGACUAUGCCACCAAGCUAAGUGAGAGGAACCUGAAAUGCUUUUUUGAAAACAAGAGGCCGAGUGACUUUCCCUUGCCCACCUUUGCUGCUUGGGAAGCUGCUUCAGAGCUGCAUUCUUUCCACCAAAACCGGCAACAUUAUAGCACUCUCCACAAGGUGGUGGAUGAUGGUCUGGAACCCUGCCCCCAGGAUGAUGAGACCACAAUGGUCCUCGUGGGUACUGCAUAA